AUGGCCAACGAGCAAACACUCUCGCUUCAGGGCGAAGCGCAAUCGAAGACAUCCAAGUGCCACCUCCUUGCCCUCCCAGUGGAACUACGCCUCUGUAUCUACGACCACUACUUCGCAGACUGCAUCCCCAAUUCGACCAACAAGGACGGCUCGGCGCUCCUCGAAGUGUGCAGAACCAUCCGCAUCGAGGCCACGCCAGAAUGUGAGAAGCACAUGACCACUCAGCUGGGGAUCCUCGAUCGACAAUUUGUGGCGAGUACGGAGCAUUACUUGAACAUACGGGCUCGAUGGGCGUCCGGCACUCACCCCAUCUUUCUAAGUGGGAUGAUCCUGGUUAGGGAGAAUCUGGACCGGAUCUCGAGGAGGAAGUGCGCAUUGAUCAAGAUGCAGGGAGACAUUCGGCAGGUGUGGGAGAGGGAGAAGGCCGAGGAUGCGUUUAGUCUCAUGGUACUGGAGGAGAAGGGAAGUGAGAGAUUGCCGUGGGCUUGA